AUGGGAAAGACCCUGACUGCACAAAAUAUAGCGCUAAAGUUAUCUGACGAAAAGGAGUAUAAAAUUGAGCCUUGUAUUGAUGUUAAAGAUAUCAAGAGGCGAUACAAGCAAAAUAUUCGUCAGGUAUUUUUUGUAGAUGACAUAUGUGGAAAAUAUGCAGCAAAUAUCAAUGAUAUUGAGAACUGGCUUAAAAUUGUGGAGUUUGUUGAAUGCAUUCUAGAAAAGGGCAAGACAAAAAUAGUAGCCACUUGUCGUACUGAAGUGUUUAAUGAAGAAGCUUUUCAAGAAGCUUUUAAGUUAUUAAGAAAAGAUGUUUACAAGUUAACAGUUAAAUAUUCGCUUAAAGAUAAAAUAAAAAUAGCCAGUAAAUACCUUAAAAAGGAUGACAAAAUAUUGUUAGAUAUUUUGGGAAAUGUUGAUUUUUCCCCAAUAAUGUGCUUCUUGUACUCACAGCAUGUCAAGUUUGAGAUUAAAGAGUUUCUAAAUAGUCCGUAUGAAACAUUUCUAAUGGAAUGGAAUCAGCUGAAAUAUUUUGAUAAAGAGAAAUUCUGUGUAUUGUUACUAUGCGUUAUUUAUAACGGCAGAAUUGAUGAAGCAAUAUGUGAUGUUUUUAACAAGUUACAUACAGAUGAAAAAAAGAAAUUGAAGAACAUUUUUGAAUGUUGCAAAUUAGGUCGAGAUACAUCUCGGUCUAUACUGAAAGACAAAUUGUACGCGUGUGUUGACACUUACUUUAUUAAAGUGGAUAAAGCAUACAAAGUUAUACACGACAAAAUGUUUGACUUUUUAUGUUGUUAUUUUGGUAAAACAUUCAUUGCACCGAUUCUAAAAUUUGCAGAUGAUAAACUUAUAUGUGAACGUGUACAAUUAGAGUCGAUACAAAAACCACAUGGUGAGUUUACAAUAGUUAUACCUUCAACAGAGGAACACAAAUACAAUGAACGGCUACGAGCGGACCUUGAGAGUGGAAAGAUACAUUGUUGUUUGAACAAUGUGCAAAUGAGAUAUAAAGAAUAUAGGUAUAAGUUUUUAGAUGUUGUAAAGGAUUUCAACGAUGACACUAAAAGACGAUUUAUUGACUUAAAGGACGAAAAUGGGAAUACGACCUUCAUUAUUUUAUGCUUACGAGGUUAUGAAGAACUUGUUGAACUUUUUAUAUCUUUUGGAGCUGAUGUUGAAGCUCGGAAUGGUUGGUUCGCACCUUUGACCGCUGCGUGUCGUGAUGGGCAUUUAGGGACAGUAGAAAUUCUUCUUGGAAAAGGUUCAAAGGUGAAUCAGACUAAUAUUGAUGGAGAAACACCACUAUAUACUGCAUGUAUUUGUGGUCAUUACGGUAUAGUUAAACGUCUGCUAGAGGUACGUGCUGAUAUAAACAAACCAAAUAAAUAUUAUCGUACCCCUUUAUAUGUUUCUUGUUUAGGUGGUUAUGAAAACAUCGUAAGAUUGUUAAUAGACGAAGGGGCAACCGUUUGUUAUUGUAGCGAUUUACUUAUUGGAGCCACUUAUGGAGGUCAUGACAAAAUAGUUGAAAUUCUUAUUAAUAAAAAAUGCGAUAUAAAUUGUGUUGAUUUCCGGGGGAGAACAGCAUUAUUCAUUGCAUGCGAGGAAGGCUUUGCUCAAAUCGUUAAGUUGCUUCUUGAUAACAAUGCUGACACAUGCAAGAACGAUUGUGAAGGUAAAACACCCCUACAUGCUGCUCGUAUUGCUGGGAAUGAUAAUAUAGUAAGCAUGGUGACUCAACACAAUUCAAAUGUUAACAUACUAAAAACAUGUCAAACACCCGAAAUUACCAGACAUAUGCUACCAUUCGGGUGGACACCUUUGCUACCAUUCGGGUGGACACCUUUAUAUGAAGCAUGUACGCGGGGAGACAUUAAAACUAUCCAGUCAUUCAUUGAAAGCGAUGCAAACGUAAACAUGGCAAACACAGACGGCGAAACGCCUUUGGUUGCAGCUUGUCAACAAGGCAAUGGGCAGCUAAUUGAUAUGUUACUGAAUGAGGGAGCAGGAAUAUUUCAAGCAUUGAUAAUAGCCGUACAAAACAACUAUCACAGCGUAUUCAAACUUCUUGUAUGUAAAGAAGUAGCUCGAGGCUAUAAAAAAGAUAACGUACUUGGUUGGAAAUCGCUCAUGACAUUAGCAGGUAAAAGAGGCUCAAUUUUUGCAGUCAAUUAUCUUAUAGAAAAAGAUGUUGACGUAAACCAAAUUGACGACAAUGAACAUGCACCUAUAUGCAUUGCAUGCAAUAAUGGCUACGAUGAAAUUGUUGAGUUACUCUUAAAAAAUGGCACAACAUCAAACUAUCACUGUAUAAAGGACGGCAAAACACCCUUAUACUUUGCAUGCAAACUUGGAUUUGAUAAAAUAGCAGAAACUCUGCUUGUAAAUGGAGCGAAUUUUAAACAAAAAGAGGAAGACGGAAAAACAUUGCUCCACAUUGCUAAAAAUAGCAAAGUAUUUAAACUUUUAUUAGACAAAGGUUUAGAUUACUGCAUACCAGAUAAGGAUGGCAGAUACCCUCUUUUCGAAUCAAUGAAUAAAGGUUUUGAUGAUAUAUCAGAGUUUCUGGUAGAAAUGAAGUCCCUUAUAGCCAUCUCAGCGGAUGAUAAUAAGACAGCUCUGAUUUCUGUAUUUGAUAAAGGAAAUACAAAAUUAUUAACCUUGCUUGUAUCAAAAGGUUAUACAAAUGCACUACCAAAUUUUAACAAAACCAUGUUGUAUUAUGCUAAUAGGCUAGGAGUAUUUGAAAAGGUUAAGAAUCUUCUUCAAGAUAAUGCCAGUUAUAAGAACAUAUAUGAAUAUGGAUACACACCUAUGAUAAUAGCUGAUAUUGCCGGAGAUGAUAACUUAUCGCACUUUCUUCAAAGUAAGGAAUGCAAACAUUUUCAUAGACAAAAUACUUCCAAUUUCCACUUAAAAGGCGAAGUUGUAUAUGUAGCGAAUAUAGGAGAGGAUGAAAAAGUAUUUAGUAUUACACAAGAAAAGUACCGGUAUCUGUUCCGAGCAUGUAUGACCGGGAAAAUAGAAGAAACAAUGCUCAAUAGUAUCAACACUAUUAAGUUUUUCAAAUCAAAGGAACCGACUGGUAGUAUUUGGUUUGAACAAACUCCAUUGUGUUUAGCCAGUAGGAGAGGACACACUGAAGUUGUUAAACUUCUGUUAAAAUAUGGUGCAAAGGUAGACCUCACUUUCGAAGACCGUAAAUUAGAAAACGUUGAUGAUUCAUCCCGUAUUAUUCGAUAUGGAUAUACUCCAUUGUUUGCUGCUCUACAAAGGAAAUAUUACAAAAUAGUUGAAAUGCUUUUAGAAAGUGGAGCCAGUUUAAACAAAGCCUUAUAUGAUGCUUGUCGGGAAGGUUACUUUGACACUGCUAAAUUUCUUCUAGAUAAAGGAGCUGGUCGUAAUGUUAAUUCAAUAUGUCGGUUUGGUCAGACAGCUUUGGAUGCUGCUUGCAUCGGUGGAUCCUAUACAUUAAUUGAACUUCUGAUAGCGCAAGGUGCAAUACUUGAUACAAAAUCAAUUACAGGAACAUCAAAUUUUGAUUUUUAUCAUGAGAUUUUCAAACUUUGGGAAGAAAGGAACGAAACAACGGGAAACAUCGCACAAGCUUUGCUGCAUUAA